AUGGCUACCCUGCGCUCCUCCACCAGGGCUACGCCGAGGAGGAAGUAUACCGAUGAUCCCUUCGAGGGGAUUGAUGCUCUGCUGUCCGACUCCGAGUCUUCUUCGGGGAGUGAGACUCAAGUCGAGGGCGAGCAGGACGACGAUGGAGACGAUGAAGUCGGGGACUCGUCCGAUGACAUUGGCGAGAUCAUCCCUAAUGAAUCAGACGACGGAGACAGCAACGUGGGAGAUGACUUGGACGCGGACACAGCAAUAGUCGAUGCUGGUGGUAUUUCGUCGUCAAAACGUGUGAGGCGGAGAAGAAAGCCCGGCCUCUCUAGAUUGAUCCCGCCAGAAGUCGUGGCCGAUGUCGAGCUUGUGUAUACCCGCGGAUUGCCUGAUUCUCUCAGACCUGCCUGGAAGAAGGAGACCCAACGGAUGUACUCCCACGGACCCACCAAAGAGGACUAUGGCCCAGUAUACAAAGCAUAUGAGCGGUGGGAGAAUGACCAUGGUCUUCCCAGUCGGAACCCAAAGCAUGGGGCUGGAGGAUUUGCCUACUCGGAUGCAUAUGAAAAAGAGAUCAAGAAUUCCGACGAGGACUGGAAGUGGUACGCCGAAGGAGGCGGCAGAGAAGCCUUCUCACAGCGACAAUACUAUGUUUCUCUAUCAGCUCAGGACGCCGACGACUAUCUUCCGGUCGAUGGCUCUGGAGAGCGCUGCUUCGUCAUGGGCGCCCCUGGACGUUACAAGUUUCACACCUUGAAGCCUCGACAGUGUGUGGCGCUUGCAGACUCCGAGAGCGAGGCACAGGCGGAGCAAUCGACUGUUAGGAACGGCUUUGUGCUCAAUCUCGGCGCACGAGUCAAAUUUCUUGACUGGGUUCCGAACCAAUCUGGAGAGAAGCAAUAUCUUGCCGUGGCGACUAUGCCGUUGGACCACCGUGCGCCCGCCUUCAUGCCGCAGCCUUCACAGAAGUCAAGCAUCCUACUCUACCAGCUGGACAAGACUUUCAGUAAUUCCAUCGACCAUCAAUUUCCUCCACGACUUGUUAGGGCGCUGUGCAUCGACUUUGGCGACAUCAAGGCUCUUAAAUGGUGUCCAGUCCCUUCCAAUAUCUCGACAGGGCUCGGUCUACUGGCCUUCAUUUCCGGCGAUGGGGCUCUUCGUAUCAUCGACGUGGAGCGCCUUGACGAUACCACCGUGGUACCCAGCCACAGUUUUCUGCCACAAUUUGCUUUUCAAGCAAAGCCGCCUGACACAGUCUGCACAUCGUUGACAUGGAUCAACUCAGGGCGAAUUGCUGCAGGAUGCGCGAACGGCUUUGUAGCAGUAUGGGAUAUAGCUGCCGUAAUGAAGGCUCCUCCUGCGACAAAUGCGAGACCCACCGUCUACACCUGUAUCAGCAGCACGUACAUUACCGAUGUUACCUCAUGCUGGCCUUCCUAUCCGAAUUUGUUGAUAACAUCUUCAAUGGACGGAUAUCUGAGCCUCACGGACCUCUCGAAACCUUUUCCGUCUUCACCAGCGAAUACAGCCCGCACCGAUCAAUUCCGCGUCUCCCAACCACCACACUCCGUCUGGCAUGACUUUGGUCAUCUCGCACUACUUCGCGAUGAGAAUACGAUGGUUAAAGCUCAUUCGUCAAGGCGACUCUUCGACCCAUUCACCACGAACAAGAUCCCCUCCAGUAAUAUGGCUCUUGCUGCAAGUCCAUGCCACCCUUUUGUGCUCUUUGGUGGCACCAACGGCGACGUCGUGAGCUGUAAUCCUCUUCAGCGACUCAUCGGGGGCGCUAAAGUCAACGUCACGCAGCAGACUUGGAUCCAGCAUGAGUGGAGACGACCUAGCGGAGAAGAAAGAGAGGCCGCACAGAACGACCCUGCUGCUACCGAAGAUGGGAUCCGGAAACAAGCCAUCGGACGGUGCGGACUCGCGAGGAUUGUGGAUGGGUGGAAUCUGACGGUUUACAAUCAUUCGAAUUUCUAUGGACCCGCGGCUAAUAAGGGGAAUUUGAACGGUGUUGUCUUUGAGAAGGAAACUGCGGCCACGGCGCUGGCUUGGAAUCCUAAUGUACAUGUGGGAGGUUGGGCGGCGGCUGGUUUCGGGGACGGGUUGCUUCGGAUUGAGGAUCUGGGGGUCUGA